AUGGUUGGCUCGUUUCGUUUCGUCUCUGUACCUUUGGCUACGCUGACGGCCUCCACCGUUCUAUUGCUUUACCUCUACUGGAGAGAGAGACGGAGAACAAAGCGCCUGCUUUCAUCCCGCGGAGCUGCAUCAAAAGUCCUCUUUUUCCCUGACGUCGAAACCGUGAACAUAGAGGAACUAUCCAACACGCUCGAGUGUGCAGUGAACAGCCUCGAUGUGUGCGUGUACGCCAUCUCUAACUGGAAACUGAUGGAUAUACUAAUUGGCGCCCACCGGAGGGGCGUCGCCGUGCGGGUAAUAACGGAUAGGGACCAGAUGUCUAUCAACCCGUCCCCAGUGGAGAAACUGCGGCGAAACGGGAUCCAGGUCCGCCGUAACAACGACUCGUACUUAAUGCACCACAAGUUUGCCGUGGUCGACGGACGUUGCCUGGUGAACGGCUCCCUCAACUGGACUCAGCAGGCAGUUCAUGGUAACCAGGAGAACAUUGUGAUCUCUACCAACUCUGAUAUCGUGGGGCCGUUCCUGGACCAGUUUGAGGUUCUCUGGGAGCGGUUUCACCCACAGAACUACUGCCCCACUGACCUUACUUGA